GCUUCACUCGACAGCACGUACUUACGGUACUUUUUACACCGCUCUCCAGGACACGUUACCCAUCCCAUCCGACAGAGGCCCCCAACUUGCAGUAACCUAAGCGAACAGCCCAACGCGGCUCGGCAAAACGUGGAAUAAUGACUACCUUCGCAGUGUGCCGCACAGCUGAAAUCCCGUCCGCUGUAAUCGACCGCUUCCUCUCCGUCACCUACGCCGAGAGCGAGAAGCUCGCCCCGGGUCUUGGGCCGUGCCUUAUCGUCCUCCCAGGCGGGAAGAAUGAUGACAGUGGAAGCAGCGACAACGUGGGAAGUAUGACAACAACAACAACAACAACAACAACGACCAGGACGACGACGCCCAGUUCCGCCGCGGACCUGGCGCCCUCGCCCUUCAUCGGCAUGUCCGUGCCCGAGGUGGCGGAGCAGCUGGGCGUGCCCCGGAACAGGUUCUUUGUUGUGAUGGACUCGCGAUCUGCUGAGGACGACACGGUGGUCUUGGUCACGGCGACGGCGAGCGACGUAGGUACUACUGCUAGCAAGGAUGAGGACCCCAUGGCGGUGCAGACGGCGCGUGCCACCUUCGCCUCGGCCCAGAGUGUCCUUGUCGGGCUGGACAUGGGAACGCAGGGGUUUGACGAGGUGCGGUCCAUUGCGGCCGGCUCCCCUGGCGGUGUGUACGGCCCAGAGAGGAGGGGUGAUGGUGGUCCGCGCAAGGGCGGGCCGGCGCCGCGGGUGCGUCUUGGGGCAGCGUUGAUCGCGUGA